AGUCAUUAAUGAUGCGUUUCGUCCUCGCCGUCAUUGCUGCUUUAGCAUCAUCAAUCUUUGCCAUACCCUCUGACAUGACUGACACCACUUAUUGUCCUGCGGUUUGCAACACUGACGCAGAUUGCACGAACUGCUAUGACUGGCCAUGCGACACUUUUUGGAACAUCUGCGGCUUUGGUUAUGACGAGUGAAGAGGGACCUGGUUCCUGUGACCCUCUCCAUAUAUAUUGGCUUGGAUAUUUCACAUCUGUAUUCGCACUGUCGCAUCUGUUUUCAAUACCGUCAAAUUCUCAUUUGCUCGUAAUGCAACUGAUAGUAGGACGCCGGGCGAUAGCGACUCAUUUGCGUCGUGCCAUGGACCUGCCAUACCUCGUGUUCGAUCACCCUCGGCGUGUGGAUUCUGGAAAGAGAGCCGCCGUCCGCUUCACGAAUCACGACACACACGUAGUGACCACCAUCAUGAUGAUAAUGCCACUUGCCAACGAACGUAAAGCAUACAGUACCGUUCUGCCUCAUCUAAGCUUUUGCCGGGGCAAUAUGAUUACUAUGGUGGGGUCUCUCGCGACCGCCUUCACGUCCCCGCAAGUAGUAGUGGCAGAUAGUCCGUAGACAGCCUAUCACACUGAAUUUCCAUCAUUCAGCUUAAUAAUUUUUUUGACAUCCACUCGCAGACCGCCUCGGCCCUCGAUUUCUCAAGCUGCGGUUGAUAGGUACCUUCGUACACUCAUGCAUGAACUGCUGCAUACCUUACAAUAAAAACUGAGUUUCUGGCCACUAGCCCUGCACUUUCAUGAAGUCGGUGCAGAUUUACUUGUUGUGUCCAGUUCGGUGAAGGAAGGCAAUGCUAGUUGUGCGUUAUUUCCUUCUGGGUCGUCUUAACA